AUGCAGCAGCUUCAGGAUGAUGAUGAUGAUGCCGGGGGCAUCCUCUUGUCUCAAGAGGACGGACUUGAUGACUUGACGGCGCCAAAGAACCAGACUAUAACCAAGGGCUCGGCUACGCCUGCCCAGACUAGCUUGAACACCAGGGGCGUGCCUGCGAGGAGCAGGGGCGAGAAGACUCAGCUCGCCGAUGGGGGCUUCGAGUCUCCGAUGGACAUCGUGAAGCGGAAGCAGGAAGCCGCGCCCGUUGCAGAGGCCCUCUUGGGCAGAAAUCUGAACCGCCAGCUCCGCUGGGCAACGGUCGACAGGGGCAACCUCGCCAGAGACCAGCGCAAAGCCGCGUCGAACGAGCUUUCUACUCACAUCAAUGCUGUCGAAGCUGCCUUUUGGAUUGGGACUUCCGACCUGGAGACCGAGGAGAUGACCGACGUCGUCGAUAGGCUAGACAGGCUAGGCGCCUACAUGUACCAGUUGCCCAUCGGGAAGCAGCGGCACCUGAGGGAGAGGAGGAUCUGCACGGUGGUAGCAGCAGUUGUCCAGGGCAAGCACGCGGAUGAGUUCUUCGACGUGGUCAGGCCGUGGUCCGUCGAGGGCGAGGAGGCGGAUUCGUCGCCGUUCGACCCGAGGAACCCCUUGCUUCGAAAGCUGGAGGUCAAGCCCAGCUCUGGCGUCGAGCUUUUCGAGGGCGCGGUCUGCGUCGCUGUGACUGACGUUGUCAAACUUGGCGGGCCCGGCGAGCUGAUCUUGGGCCGCUUCUGCCAUGCCCUCGAAGAGUUAUUUGGCAAGAAGGGGCCUGCCGGGGACCAUGGGGAGUGCGACGCGUCGGCCGAGACCGUGAACAAGGUCUGCAUGGCUAUCAGCGCCUUGCUCUUCCCCGAGAAGGUACACCUCGCCAAAUUCUUCAAGGAGGUGCGCGACAAGGCCCGCGAAAAGAACGCAUCGACCGACGGGCCCUUGGCAUAUGCAGUCGUUGCCAAGCUGAAGGCGCACGCUUUCUGGAAGAAUCGGGUACAGCAGUUCGCCCACUCCUACCGCAGCAGCGUCGACCUGAUGUCAGAGAUGGAAGCCGUCAGCGCGGACAUCCAAUACUUCAAGGAAGAGCGUGAGUGCAUUGAGGAUUUCGAUCACAUGAAGAAGAUGUUCGACUUGGGCGAGAGGUUGCGUGACCAUGCGGUGCCAGGGUCACGCGGUCCUUUCCUUGUGAAGCUCGGGGAUUCCAUGAGGGCCAUCUCGACCAACCACGCUGCUCCUGGGGCCCCCUUCACUGCGAAGGUACAGGACCUGCUCCAUCGCGCCAGCUCGGUGAUCCCCAGCGUCGCGAACUGGGCCGACAUGAGCAACGCCAUAGAGAAACGGGAGAAGGAGCACUCGGUCAAGGACCAGGUGAGGGCUUUCAUCAAGAGCGUCUCCGAGUUGCAGUCUAGCGUCGGCGAGUCGGCGAGCGUCGACAUCCCGCUUGUGACGCAGAUGUUUUUCGCAAGUACAGCGGUCAAAGCGGCCGCUGAGAAGGCGUUCGACGGCAUGGUCGCGCUCAGAAUCAAGGAUGUCACCGACAAGACGCUUGGAAUAGCGAUUCCUUUGCUGGAGUUGCUCUCGGUGCCCACUCCGCCCGAGACCGAGGGGGUCCACGCCGCGGGUGCCGACUUCGACAAGUUGAAAAGGUUUGUGUUCAGAGUGCAGUUUGCGCGCGACGCCUCUGACGCGCUCGGCGAGCAGACGGUCUCGGUCUUCUCUGAUCUGAUUUGCCAGUGGGCCGCCAAAGCACCGGUCAAGCUCGAAAGAAUGUCCAAGGGGCGCGAGGCCCUGGACGCCGCCCUGGGGCUGCUGGAGGAGGUUGCGGCGGGAGGGAAGGGCGGGGCCUCUUGGUUUGACAGAGCGAAGACAUACAAGAGCUUUGGCGAACUUCUGAAGCUCGCCCAGAAAACUUUGAUGAAUGCGGACGGCGAGAUGAUCAAACAACGUCGUGACACUGCCCUCGCCCUUGCGCGGUCUUUCUUCAAGUGUUACUCCGAUAUGUUUGGAGAGCCCCUGUCUGAUGGCAUCGGGAAGCGCGUCGAUCACGUGGUCUUGCUGGCCACGGGUUCCGAGAUCACAACCAUCAUUGUCGGCCUGCGCUGCAACCGCGAGUCGGAACCCGUCAAACUGAAACAGCAGAUGCGCAAGCAAGUGAAGGCGAUUCUGUCAAACACGGGCGUGCACAAGCACAUGCCCGCGAAAUUGGCCAGCCACGUUUUUGAUCUGGCGGGGGGACAAGUGCCCGCCGAGGACUCUGCUUAG